CAGAUUGGCUUAUCAUCCCCUAAAAUGAAAGUGGGUGAUAUGCGCUUACCAAGAUGCUAGCGUUGCAAUAUUUGCAAUGAGUUGAAGAAUUUCCAUAUACAUACACAUGAAUGAAGGAUUUUACUAUAUCCCUGAGGUGGUGGUGAAUAAAAUAUGUGAAACUAAAUAAAAUUCCUGCAUAUUUAUACAUAUGUAUAUGUAUAUGGACAUGUGUAUAUGCCUAACGGUAUGCAAAAAACUCUUUAGUACUCAGUCCCUGAGCACAACUAAGAGAGUCCAGUCGUGGCAGGAAAAGGAAUUGCAUGAAAAAAAAGACAAACAUAAACACGAUUCUCACGCUGAACCGAAGUGUUGAUGCGAUAAAUCGUAGACGAAACGAAAAGAAAACGGAUUAUUUUGCAAUUAGUAAUUUGUAAAGAAAUAUUUGUAAAUUGUGAAGUGUGUGAGGAGAUUAAUUUGCAAACAAAAGUGUUAUAGAAUAAUGUGAAAAGUCGCAAUUUGCAUUACCAGCCAAAGCUCAAAGAAAGAAACUGCAACGAUUCAAUAGAAAAUUUGUGAAAUCUGCGCUACGCCCCCACUCCUUGACACAUUUCCAAUACUAACGGUAACUGCUGUCAACCACCAAACGCUAAGCAAGUACACGAAGAAAAAAUAGGAAAACAACUUUUUAACAAACUCCGCAACUCAAGUUGAGCAUCUGGAAAAUGCGUAGUCGCACAGAAUUGGUGACCACGACUUUCGAAGACUCCGAGGAAGACUAUAGCGAGGAUGAUGAUGAUUCCGAGGAGGAUUGGCGUCCGGCCGCCUCAUCGUCAGCCAAUAAAAAUGGCAAAAAGCAAAAGCACGGUCGUGUUGCUGGCGCUGCAACGGGUGGGGGUGGCACAAGCAGCAUCAGUGGUGGCGGCAAUGCCAAACGCGGUCGGAAGCGUAAAGGAGCUACGAAUGCGGGUGGUGGUAAGCAGCAGACAGUGGUGGCUAAACGAAAAGUGCCCAGUGCUGCAUACGAAGAAAGUGAUGAUGAUGACGAUGAUGAUGACAAUGAUGAUGAUAUCGAUGAUGAUGAAGAGGCUGCAUUGAAUGCGGAGUUGAGUGAUGAUGAGUUGGACGAUUAUGAGGAUUAUGAAGCGCAGCCAACGACUGGCACUGGUGCGGCGGCAACUGCAAAGAAGGCUGGUGGUGGCAGUGCUGCUGCUCCUGCAGGUAAUAAUCUUCCACCCAAAAAACAAUUCACGGAAAAAACUGGCACGUCCGCAACGCCGGGCGCAAGUGCAGGAUCUUCAGCAUCCUCGGCACAGCAUUCGCUCGAAUUGCUACUGUACAAACGCGAUCUGAAUGAGGAUUAUUCCAAGAAUAAUCGUUUAUGCUUGUGGCGCAAGGAUGAUAAUAACCUAUUGCAGAAGUACAUACGGGUUAAGACCGCUCCAGAGGAGCUGCUCUUCACCUCCAGCUCUGUGUAUUCCAGCUGGGAUGACAAACGUUUGUCCGAUUUUAUAAGUAUUAAAGUAAAAUGCCUGGAUCCGAAUAAUCGACGUGUUAAAAUUAUGGACACCGCCGAGCUAGGCAAACUAGCCAAAGAACAAACGAAAAAUAACGCGCAACAUAAGUUGAAUAAACGAAAAGGCAAUGGCGGUGACGACAGCGAUGAUGAUGGUGCACUCGAUAAUGAUGAUAACGAAGAAGACGACGAUGAGUUGGACACCGAGGACGAAGAUGAGUUGGACUAUGACGAAGCAACAGCAUCGAAAACCAAAAAAGGCGCCAAAAAGCCACUGCAGAAAAAGGCGCCAACCAAAAGUGGUACGAAAACUUCAAAACGAAACGAUAGCACUGAUGAAAACGAUAAUGAGGAAGACGAAGAAAUCGAUGAAGACGACAUUGACGACGACGAGGAUGAUGGCGACGAAGAUGAUGAUGAGUAAACGUGUAUGUGUAAUCGAGCAAUGUGUGAAUUAAUUAACGACAUAAAAUAAUUAAGCGAUUUUAAUAUUGAAGUUGUAGAGACUAGUAUAGUGAUGAAGGGAGAUGCAAAAGUUGAUGAAGUAAGACUACACUUAAGCAUUUCAAGUUAUUUAUUACUAAAUCUAAACGAUUAUAUGGCAUGUGUGUUAAUUUUGAAAUAAUUAAUAAUAGUAUUAGUAAUAUGAUAUAGUCGAUGCAGCGCGCAAUUCAGUUGUUCGGAGGGCUGUUUUGUGACACGUUCUUGGAACGGCUGCUUUUCGAACUUUGACUGCUAUAAAAAUAAACACGCAUACUUACUAUAAAGACGCGUAUUUCUAAGUAAAAUUCAAGCCAAAUAAAAAUUUAAAUUUUAAAAAAAGUUUUAUUAAAUAUGGAGCAUAAGUAAAGGAGGCUAAAUGUUAGACUAAGUUUUGUGUGAUUAACCAUUAUAAAUAUUAGGACUUACCGAAAUCAG